AUGCUCCGCAAGAUCAACCCGUUCGACGGCGUGCAGUUCGCCGACGUCGCCGCGGGCGCGGCGAUCGCGCGCGACGUGGAAACCUUCCUCAAAGAUGCGCGCGUCAAUGGCGUGUGCGAGCGCUUCGGGUCGACGAAGCAUCAGCUCACGAAGAUGUUUCAGUUCCGCGACGCCGACCUGCCGCAGUCCCUCCUCGACCGCGAGCAGCGCAGCUCCGACGGCUCGACGCGCCUCGGCCGCCACGGCGCGCCGCCGGCGUGCGUCGGCCGCCUGCUCGCGGGCGUCCACGAGGCCCUGCCGGAGCUGGCGCGCCACUACCGCGUGGGCUGGGUGCAGAUCAACGACUCGUCCGGCGCCGACGAGAUCCGCGGCCACGUCGACCGGCCCGGCUGGGGCGACGUCAUCUGCACGUUCACGACCGCGCGCUGCUCGCUCACGUUGAAGCCGGACGCGCAGGUCCGCGGCCGCGCGCCCAAGUGCGCCGCGACCUUCGACGUGCCCGCGAACUCCCUCUACGUCCUCUCGGGCGCGUCGCGCGCCUUCGCGACGCACGCCGUCGAGUUCAGGGGGCCGCGCGCGAGCGUCGUGCUCCGCUUCUACCUCCGCGACCUCCUGUCCCUCGGCGCGGCCCGGCCGCCGCCGAAACUCGUCAAGGGCGCCAUCGUGACCGCGCGCUACCCGAAGGGGCCCGGCUCGUCGGAGAUCCACGCGGCGUACCGCUCCGUGUAUCCGGCCCAGGUCCACGAGGUCGACGGCGACGCGGCGGUCCUCGUCUUCCUGGAGAGCGCCGACGGGCCGCCGACGACGGAGACCGUGCCGCUGGCGUUGAUCUGCGAUCGGAGCACGCACUGGUACCGCGACGGCGCCGCGGUCCUCGGCACGCGCUACGCGCCGCCGGCGCGCCGCGUCGCGGCGCCGGCCGCGGCGGUGGCCGAGACGGCGCGCGACGACGCGGAACCUGCGGCGGACGAGAACGACGACGACAACUCUGAGAGCGAAGGCGACGAAUCGUCGCGCGAGGGCGGAUCCAGCCAGUACGUCGGCGUGUAUCAAACACACAACGGUCGCUGGUAUGCGCAAUGCAAGAGCCCAUAUCACAGCUCGCGUCACCUUGGCACCUUCGACACGGAAGAGGAGGCCGCGCGAGCCUACGACGAGCGCGCGCGGGCCCUUGGGCGGCCCUGCAACUUCCCAGAGCCGGCCGCCAUCGAUCUCACGCAGUCCGACGGCGACGAGUCGCCGGAGACUGCCGACGAAUCGCCGCCGAAGCGCCGCCGCCGCGAAGCCGGCAGCUGA